UCAUCUUCCUCAACAACAUUUUCAAUCCCUUAUACAACACCUUAUGAAAUGCUUCGGUUUAAAUCUCUUGGUGUUGCUUUUAUGCUGAUUAUUAAUAUUAUUAUUACUAUUGUUCCUCUGUUUCUUGUACCAACAAAUGCGAUUCGUUCAAUCCCUAAAACAACACCUUCAACAAUCCAACUUUAUGGGACUGCAACUACCAACGUACAAUACAACGAAGCACCGGAGUACUUCAACGGUGCUCAAUGUACAACCACCACUGCAUCUAUCAUCCACGUGGCAAUGACUCUUGAUUUCAACUAUUUGAGAGGAUCUGUAGCUGCUGUUCAUUCGAUUCUAAAACACACUUCAUGUCCGGAAAAUCUUUACUUCCAUUUCAUUGCAUCGGCUUCCAAAUCGCCCAGACCCGAAGACUUGACCCGGAUCAUCAAAACCAUAUUUCCAUAUUUGGGUUUUACGGUUUAUAGUUUCGAUGACAGUCUUGUGAAAGAUCUGAUCUCGUAUUCGAUUCGAGAAGCACUUGAGGAUCCGUUGAAUUAUGCCAGAACAUACUUGGGUGAUAUACUUGAUCCGAGUGUGACCCGAGUGAUUUAUCUGGAUUCGGAUGUUAUCAUGGUUGAUGAUAUACAGAAGCUUUGGUCGGUUUCGUUAACUGGGUCAACAGCGAUUGGGGCUCCGGUUUACUGUCAUGCGAAUUUUACCAAGUAUUUUACCGAUAGGUUUUGGUAUGAUUCGAGUUUGUCGAGUGUGUUUGAAGGGAAGAAGCCUUGUUAUUUCAAUACAGGGGUGAUGGUGAUGGAUUUGGUGAAGUGGAGGAAGGAGGAUUACAGAGGGAGGAUUGAGAAAUGGAUGAAGAUUCAAAAGGAGGAGAGGAUAUACGAAUUGGGUUCGCUUCCGCCGUUUUUGUUGGUGUUUGGCGGUGAUGUGGCGGCCAUCGAUCAUAGGUGGAACCAGCAUGGGCUUGGUGGGAACAAUAGGGUUCAUAGUUGUAGGUUGUUGCAUCCGGGUCCGAUUAGUUUGUUGCAUUGGAGCGGGAAGGGGAAACCGUGGGUGAGACUAGACGCGGGUGACCCGUGUCCGGUUGAUGAGCUAUGGGCUCCUUAUGAUCUUUCUAAACACUCUAAACAACUAUUGUGAUGAUGGUGAUGAUGGUGGUGGGGGUGGAAGAGGCUUUGUAUUUUGGUUGUUUGUAAUUUGAUUCAUUCUUUUUUGUUGUAUAUUGUUUUUCUUGAAAUUUUGUUUGGCAGAGAAUUAGAGAUUCUUUUUGUACAUCUAUAUAUAAAUGAAUAUGAGAGGAAAACAUUGAUUUUAGGUAUCA